AUGAACGACCACCUUGCACCACAGGGUGCGACUGUGAUUGGGAACCAUUGGGCUAUCGCAAACGAUCCUGAAGUCUUUCCAGAACCACAGACGUUUAAUCCCCAGCGUUGGAUUGAUGAUGCAGGUCGUGUGCGCGAUGAUCUCCGGUUUUUCGCUUUCGCUUUUGGCUUUGGCCGUCGGUCAGUGGCAUCGUUCAUCUCUCGACCAUUUGUUAUGCCUUACUUGAAAAUGUCAGAGUGUGUCCCGGUCAACAUCUCGCAAAUCGGUCGGUCUUCGUCAACACUUUAUUCUGUGGGCAAUCCUGCCGCGAAGAUUGACACGCUUGCUCAUUUUGUUUUGAAAGCUGUCAUUGAGCCCAAGCCGAGCCGCGGCUUUGGCCGGAGGAGGGACUCAUGUUUGCGAGAGAGAAUAGGCUACGCAGAGAUAAGACGCGCGACCAACACGAUCGUACACUCACUUGGUCUAGUAAUCGCGAGAGGUGAUUAA